AUGAGGAAUAUAUUUAUUUUAGGUAACUUUGAAACUUUAAAUUCGGAAAAAUAUGAAUUUUCAGGAUUAUUAUUAUCUCUAGGCUUAAGCCUAAGCUUAGUUAGCGCAUCUGACGAUGAAGAACGACUAAUGGUUGAUGUAUUCCGAGGAUAUAACUCACUUAUUCAACCAGUUCGAAAUUCUUCCGAACUUCCAUUAGUUGUCAAAGUUGGACUUCAACUCGUUUUAUUGAUUAAUGUUGAUGAAAAAGAUCAAGUUAUGCACACUAAUGUUUGGUUAACUUUGGUAAAUUUUUUUUUCUUUGAAUUUUUGAAUUUUCCAUUGAAGUAGAAGGUUUUGCUUUAGAAAUGGUAUGAUUUUCAAAUGCGUUGGAACCCGGUGAAUUACGGCGAGAUCAAAGAGAUUCGAGUUUCACCGGAUAAAGUUUGGCUGCCAGAUUUGGUGCUUUUCAAUAAGUGAGUUCAUGGAAAAUUUUUGAAACAGCUAUUUUUCAAAUAAAUUUGGAAGAUUUUCGGGGUGUUACUUAAAGUUUGUGAGAACAUUUCAUAAAUUUAUCAAAAAUUAAUAUGAAAUUUUUGAAACAGUCAAUUUUUCAGCACUAAAUUUUUCAACUAAUAAAUUCACCACAAUAUUCUAUUAUUUUUCUGAAGCAGCAAUUUUUUGUAUAAUCAAAAUUUUGAAAAAAAUUAAAACCGUUAAUUUUUUAAAAUUCACUAUCGAAAUUAGAAGCAACUUGUAAAAUUAUAAAAAAUGAUAUGAAAUUUUUGAAACAGUGAAUUUUUUAAUCAAAAAUUUUUUUUUAAUUUAUCAAAAAAGCUUUGAAACAGUAAAUUUUCUCCUAUCCUCUCAAUAAAAUUUCCAGUGCUGAUGGUAACUACGAGGUGUCAUUCAUGUGUAAUGUUGUUAUAAAUCAUAAGGGUGAGAUGUUAUGGGUUCCACCAGCAAUUUACAAAUCAUCGUGUAUCAUCGAUGUCGAAUUUUUUCCAUUUGAUGAACAAACCUGCACAUUGGUUUUUGGAAGUUGGACCGUAAGUUUUUCUGGAAUUUUCUCACCAAAUUCUCAAUUUCAGUACAAUGAAAACGAGAUCACAUUGGAGAUGAAUUUGGCAGAUCUUAUCGAUGUUUCGGAAUACUCACAAAGUUCUAUUUGGGAUCUUCUUGAUGUUCCAGCCAUUUUGGUAAAGAAACGAUCAAGAAUUGAAUUCCAAAUCAAAAUCCGACGAAAAACCUUGUUCUACACUGUGGUUCUUAUCAUUCCCACAGUUCUUAUGGCAUUUUUAUCGAUGGCUGUAUUUUAUUUGCCAACAGAUUCCGGGGAGAAAAUCACAUUAACUAUAUCAGUUCUCCUUUCUAUUGUGGUUUUCCUGCUUCUUGUCUCCAAAAUUCUACCACCAACAUCUUCGACAAUUCCACUGAUGGCUAAAUAUUUAUUGUUGACUUUUGUUUUGAAUGUUAUCACGAUUUUGGUGACGGUUAUUGUGAUCAAUGUAUAUUUUAGAGAUCCAAGAACACAUCGAAUGCCACCAUGGGUUAGAACUGUGUUUUUAGUCGUGAGUUUUGUUUGCAAACUUCGAAGGGAAAAGAUUUUUCAAAGUGUGAAAAUUGUUUUAAGUAUCUGCCAAGAUUCGUAUGCAUGGAUCGUCCAAAAUCAAUGCACGAGCGAAGUGUUUCUCAACGUAGCGCAAUUGCUCAACUUCCGGGAGUCGGCCAAUUUGCUCUUCAUCCAUCAGCCCAUCAUCCGCUAUGUCCAUCUUCAGAUGAUCAUCGAGGAACAAAUAAAACGCAGCCAAUGGUUGUGACAAAUGAAACAUCUGCAUUUUAUCCAUUAUCACCUGGAGCUUUGAGAGCAAUUGAGGCUAUUGAAUAUAUUACUGAUCAUUUGAAACGUGAUGAGGAACAUAAAUCGGUAAGUUUUCAGAAAAUGAGGAUUUUUGGGCCAAAGCAUUUUUGAGAUUUUCUAGAAAUUCAAGAGUGUUUCUGAAUUUAAUUUUUUGCAAAGCUUCUGUAGAAGUCUCUAGAAAAAUCGCUUUAAAAACCACGUGUCAACCCACCAAUUUUUACAGUACCGAGACGAUUGGAAAUACGUGGCAAUGGUAAUCGAUCGUCUACUGUUAUACGUGUUUUUCGGAAUCACAGUCGGUGGAACGUGCGGAAUUCUCUUCAGCGCUCCCAAUGUUUUUGAUUUUGUUGAUCAAGCAGACAUUAUCGAAAAAUUGAAAGGUCAAUAUGCUUCAGCAUCGACAACUAAUGUUUGA